UUUGACAAACCCAAAGACACCAGUUUCUGGGAUAAGAAUGCAUUAUUUGACAAAAAUUGCUGGGAAAAUUGGAAAUCAGUAUGGCAGAAACUAGGCAUUGACCCACACUUAACACCAUACACCAAGAUAAGGUCAAAAUGGGUUCAUGACCUUGAUAAAGAAUGAGAUUAUAAAUAAAUUGGAAGAACAUAGGAUAGUUUACCUCGCAGACCUGUGGAAGAGAGGAAUUUAUGACCAAAGAAGAACUAGAGAUCACUAUUGACCACAAAAUAGAAAAUUUUGAUUAUAUCAAAUUGAAAAGUUUUUGUACAAACAAAACAAAUGCAGACAAGAUUAGAAGGGAAACAAUAAACUGGGAAAACAUUUUUACAAUCAAAGGUUCUGGUAAAGGCCUCAUUUCCAAAAUAUAUAGAGAAUUGACUCUAAUCUAUAAGAAAUCAAACCAUUCUCCAAUUGAUAAAUGGUCAAAGGAUAUGAACAGACAAUUCUCAGACGAAGAAAUUGAAACUAUUUAUAGACAUAUGAAAAUAUGCUCCAGAUCAUUAUUAAUCAGAGAAGUGCAAAUUAAGACAAUUCUGAGAUACCACUACACACCUGUCAGAUUGGCUAGAGUGACAGGGAAAGAUAAUGUGGAAUGUUGGAGGGGAUGUGGGAAAACAGGGACACUGAUACAUUGUUGGUGGAAUUGUGAACACAUCCAGCCAUUCUGGAGAGCAAUUUGGAACUAUGCUCAAAAAGUUAUCAAACUGUGCAUACCCUUUGAUCCAGCAGUGUUUCUACUGGGCUUAUACCCCAAAGAGAUACUAAAGAAAGGAAAGGGACCUGUAUGUGCCAAAAUGUUUGUGGCAGGUCUCUUUGUAGUGGCUAGAAGCUGGAAAAUGAAAGGAUGUCCAUCAAUUGGAGAAUGGUUGAGUAAAUUGUGGUAUGUGAAGGUUAUGGAAUAUUAUUGUUCUGUAAGGAAUGACCGGCAGGAUGAAUACAGAGAGGAUUGGCGAGACUUACAUGAACUGAUGCUAAGUGAAACGAGCAGAACCAGGAGAUCAUUAUAUACUUCAACAACAAUACUAUUUGAGGAUGUAUUCUGAUGGAAGUGGAUCUCUUCGAUAAAGAAAGCUUUAAUUGAUCAAAGAUGGAAAGAAGCAGCUACACCCAAAGAAAGAACACUGGGAGAUGAAUAUAAACUGCUUGCAUUUUUGUUUUUCUUCCCAGGUUAUUUAUACCUUCUGAAUUCAAUUCUCCCUGUGCAACAAGAAAACUUUGGUUCUGCACACAGAUAUUGUAUCUAGGAUAUACUGUAACCUAUUCAACGUGUAAAGGACUGCUUGCCAUCUGGGGGAGGGGGUGGAGGGAGGAGGGAAAAAAUCGGAACAGAAGUGAAUGCAAGGGAUAAUGCUGUAAAAAAAUCACCCUGGCAUGUGUUCUAUCAAUAAAAAGUUAUUAAAAAAAAAAGUAAUAGUCAAAUGGGAAAAUAAAUAAAUAAAUAAAAACUAACGGGAAAGACUAGCUGUACCAUGAUAACAGGAAAUAUUAUAUUGUUAUAAUUAUUAACAAAUAUCUAUUAACAAAUUAUCCCUGUUAACAAAUAGGGAUCCAAAUAAAAAUUGUGAGAAAUACCCCCUGAAGAUGUGGGAAGCACCAGUACAAAAAUAAAUAAGAUGAUGAUAGUGGUAUGAUGAUAAAAUGUUUCCUUAGUAUGUCAUGCUUUCAUGUUUGUAAAGCAUUUUACAAAUAUCUCAUUUUGUCCUCAUCACAGCUCUGAGAAAUAGGCAUUAUUCAGUCACUGUGGCAAUUCUAGUAUAUUAACAACAAUAUGAAAAAAAGUGUUCAAAAUUACUAAUAAUUAGGAAAAUGCAAAUUCAAGCUACUUUGAGAUACCACCUUUCAUCCUUCAGCCUGGCAGAGAGUUCACAGAGGGAAAAUGACAAUUGUUAAAUGCACUAUGGCAAGAAUGGCACCUGAAUAUACUCUUGGUUUAGUUGUAAAGGGUUGGAUCUUGGAAAGUAAUUUGGAGCUUUAUCCAGAUCUCUUUGAUCCUGCUAUACCAUUCGUAGGCUUGUACCCCAAAAAGACAAAGUAAGAGGGGAAAAGAGUAUUUACCAAAAAAAAAAACUUUAUGUAACAAAAGAAUUGGAAAAUAAAUUGCUGUCUAUCAUUUGGGCAAUGGCUUUGUUUCAUGUACACAGCAAAUGGUAUACGAAAUUAGACUAUUUUCACUCUGUAGUCUCUUCCAGUAGAAUGUGAACUCCUUUGGAGCAGGAACUAUUUUUGUCUUUCUCUGAAUCUACAGAACGAAGCAAAGUGCUUGGCAGUAUAGUAAAUACUUACAUUUUUGGUGACUGGAUUAAAUGACCAAAUGAAUAGUUGCAGGAAAACUUAGGAAGAUUUUAUGAACAAGUGCACCACCAGAAUACUGCAACCAGUAAGGUUUAAGGACUUAGAUCAUUGCAGGGAUUAGUCACUAUUCCACAGAACCAUAUACAAACAAGCUAAAUAUGGAAAAAAGGAAAAAAUUAUUAAAGGAGGGAAAGUACUUGGAUUAAGAGAGAUUAGAAAAGACUUCCUGUAAAAAUGGAACUUGAAGGAAGCCAAGGAAGUCAGGAGACACAGUUGAAAUGGGAGAGCAUUCCAUGUAUCUGUCCAGACAGUUCUGAGUAGAUUCAGUGUCAUGUUGAUGGAACAGCCAGUUGGCCAGUGUCACUAAAUUAAAGAAUUAUUUCAAGGAGUAAGGUCUAAGAAAACUAGAAAAAUAGGAGGGGGUUAGGUUAUGAAGGGUUUUAAAUACCAAAAAGAGCAUUUUGUAUUUGAUACUGAAAGUGAUAGGGAGCCAGUGGAGUUUGAGUAAGCGAAGUGACAUGAUCAGACCUGUGCUUUAGGAAAAUCAUUUUAGUAGUGGAAUGGGUGAUGAAUUGAAGCCAGGAGAGACUUGUAGAACGCAGAUCCAAUAGCAGGUUAUUUCAGUAGUCCAAGUGGUGAUAGUUAAAGAGGAGAAAAGGGAGUAUACACAAGAAUUAUUCCUAAGGUAAAGUCAGUGGGCCACGACAACAAAUUAUUAUUUUAUGGGGUUAUUAUGGUUAUGAGGAAUUAGAGUGAGAAUUCAAGAUAGAACCUGGGGGACUGGAAGGAUGGUAAUAUCCUGAACAGUAAUAGAGUAGUUUGAAAGGUAUAUAGGAUAUUUGGGGAAAAGAUAAUGGGUUCUAUUUUAGACAUUGAGUUUAAAAGAUCUACAAAGCAUCCAGUUGGAGAUGUGAGAUUAGAAGACUGCAGAGUGCAAGAUAGGUGGUUUUGAGAAUUGUUAGCUUAAAGAUGAUAAUUAAAUCCAUAGGAGCUGAUGAGAUCUUGCCAAGUGAAGUAAUAUAAAAGGAGCAGAGAAGAUAGGGCAGAGCCCUGCAGGGCAGGUAUGGUUAGUGGGCCUGAUUUGGAUAAAAAUCCAGCAGACUAAAAAGGAUGGUAAGAUAAUAGGAGAAGAAAUAAAAGAAAAUCCUGUCUCAGAAAGUUAGAAAAGAUGAUGUUUAAGACUAUAGCAAGGACAAGAAGAAUGAAAUUUGAGGAGAGCUUAUUGUAUUUAGCAAUUAAGAGAUCCUUGGCAAAAUUUGGUUUUGAUUGAAUGAUGACUUUGCAAUUCAUAUUGUAGAAAAUGAGAAAAGUAGAAGCUGCAUUUAUUUUAGAUAACCUUCUCAAGGAGUUUAACCACAGAAGGUAGAAGAUAAGGGAUGAUUACAGAGAUAAAAGAGUCAAAUAAGGGGCUUUUUUGUGGAUGGGCAGUUGGGAAGCACACUAGAUAAAAAGAGAUUGAAGAGAACUAGGAAAAUGGAGAUGGGAUAGUCUACUAGAGGCAAUAAGUGUAAUAGGAUAAGAAGGAAUGUAAUGAAUAUUUUUUUAAACCACUUUUUAAAUGAAAUUGCUCUGAAAACUUUGGUAACCAGCAUAAUAUAGAUAAUUAAUAGAUGUGUGUGUGUCUAUUACCAAUAAAUAAGUGUUCAAAAUAAAUGAACAGUUUUCAAAAAAAUAUUGUUAUAUGAAAUUAUAUCAAAGAAUACUCCAAUCAUUAAUAUCAGAGAUAUAAAUUUAAAAAAAUAUACCCUAAAGGUGAAACCUCACACGUCACACCCCAUAAAUGGGCAAGCCUGCCAAAGAUGAGAAUCGCCAAUAUUUGAAGGUUUGGGAAAAUUAAGCACACAUUAAGUAAUGCAUUGUUUAUGGAGCUGUGAAUCAGUAAAAUCAUUUUGGAAAGGAAGUGGAUGUUUAUAGCCUUUGACCCAGAGCCAGUACUGGGUUUAUUAUCUCAAGGACACCAUUGAUAACAUUGAUAACUUAUGGCAGUAUUUUUUUGUGACAGAAAAGAAUUGGAAACAAAGUAGAUGCCCAUCAACUGAGAAAAAUGGCUUAACAGAUUGUGAAACAUGAAUGUUGUAGAAUAUAACUGCAUGGUAAGAAAUUAUGUUCUCUGUAGAGUAGCUUGGAAAGACUACAUGAACUGACAGAAUGAAGUAAACGAAACCAAGAAAACAAUAUGUACUAUAACAGUGUAAACAGAACAGCCCCCCCCCCAAAAAAAAUAGUAAAAAGUGAGUAUUGUAAAAUUAUUAAAAAAAAAAAAAAAACAUGGCUCCAAAGAAUCAUCAGAAGACAUUCCCAUUUCACCUCUUUCUUUGCAGAGGUAGGAGGUCUACAAGGGUAAUCAGACUUCUGAAAAUGUAUUGAUCAGUUCUGCUGAGUUUUAUUUCCUUCCAUCUUAAAAGUGCUAUUUGCUUCUGAGUGAAUUUUGGAUGAAGCCAUCAAAUUAAUUAUUGCCAUCAUGAGCAGGAGCAAGCGUGACAGUAAUUUCUAUAGUGUAGAGAUUGGAGAUUCGACAUUUACUGUACUGAAACGGUAUCAGAAUUUAAAACCUAUAGGCUCAGGGGCCCAGGGAAUAGUGUGUGCAGCUUAUGAUGCCAUUCUUGAAAGAAAUGUUGCAAUUAAGAAGCUAAGCCGACCAUUUCAGAAUCAGACUCAUGCCAAGCGUGCUUAUAGAGAGCUUGUUCUUAUGAAAUGUGUUAAUCACAAAAAUAUAAUUGGCCUCUUGAAUGUGUUCACACCACAGAAAUCCCUAGAAGAAUUUCAGGAUGUUUACAUAGUCAUGGAGCUCAUGGAUGCAAAUCUUUGCCAAGUGAUUCAAAUGGAGCUAGACCAUGAACGAAUGUCCUACCUUCUCUAUCAGAUGCUGUGUGGAAUCAAGCACCUUCAUUCUGCUGGAAUUAUACAUCGAGACUUAAAGCCCAGUAAUAUAGUAGUAAAAUCAGACUGCACUUUGAAGAUUCUUGACUUUGGACUGGCCAGAACUGCAGGAACUAGUUUUAUGAUGACACCUUAUGUAGUGACUCGUUACUACAGAGCACCCGAGGUCAUCCUAGGGAUGGGCUACAAAGAAAACGUUGACAUUUGGUCAGUUGGGUGCAUCAUGGGAGAAAUGAUCAAAGGUGGUGUUUUGUUCCCAGGUACAGAUCAUAUUGAUCAGUGGAAUAAAGUUAUUGAGCAACUUGGAACACCUUGUCCUGAGUUCAUGAAGAAAUUACAACCAACAGUAAGAACUUACGUGGAGAACAGACCUAAAUAUGCUGGAUAUAGCUUUGAGAAGCUCUUCCCAGAUGUACUUUUCCCAGCUGACUCAGAGCACAACAAACUUAAAGCUAGUCAGGCAAGGGAUUUGUUGUCCAAAAUGCUGGUUAUAGAUGCAUCUAAAAGAAUCUCUGUGGAUGAAGCUCUCCAGCACCCAUAUAUCAAUGUCUGGUAUGAUCCUUCAGAAGCAGAAGCGCCUCCACCAAAGAUACCUGACAAGCAGUUAGAUGAAAGGGAGCACACAAUAGAAGAGUGGAAAGAAUUGAUAUACAAGGAAGUCAUGGACUUGGAGGAGAGAACUAAGAAUGGAGUUAUACGGGGUCAACCAGCUCCUUUAGGUGCAGCAGUGAUUAGUGGUUCUCAACAUCCAUCUUCAUCGUCGUCUGUCAAUGAUGUGUCUUCAAUGUCAACAGAUCCAACAUUGGCCUCUGAUACAGACAGCAGUCUAGAAACAUCAGCUGGACCUCUGGGCUGCUGUAGAUGACUAUUUGGUCGGGGGUGGGAGGGUAGUGGGAGGGGGGUUGCAGGAGGGAAGGGGAUUCAUUUAGGUAUUGAUAGAACUACUUUGAAAACAAUUCAGUGGUCUUAUUUUUGAGUGUUUUGUUUUGUUCCCCAAAAAUGUAGGAUUCACUUUUUUUUUUUUUUUUUUUAAAUAUCAAGUGCUGUAAUUUAAAACUGUAAGUUGUUUUUAAAACAACCACAAAAUGUAUUGUGGGUUUUUUUUGUUUUUUGCUGUAAUUAUCUGUAUAAUGUAAACCUAAUAAUUUUAUCAUGGUUUAAAUUUUUUGCCUAUUUGCUUUACCUUAUGCUGCUGAUUCAUUUUUAAUUGAAUUUGUAAGCUUUGUUUUAUCAAAGCAACUAUUAUGUGGUGACUUGCCUAUAUCAUGAAUUAUUUAAGAUUUUAUAGUGGUUUUUUUAAUAGAAUUUAUUCCAGAUGUUUUGUUCAUGACAAUAUCCUUCAGGGUUAUGUGCUUGUCAUUAGUUUAUUCCCUGGGAAAGAGGUAAGAUAUAUCUCUAUAGCCAGUAAUAUUCAGGUAUAACUACUGUAAAUGAUUGAGUUAAACCUCCAAUUCUUGCUAUUUGCCCAUCUUAAUUUAGUCAAAACAAUUAGUAGGAAGCCCUACAUAAUUCUUUGUCAAAGUCACUUCAUCUGAAUGGCAGAAUAAUGCAAAGCAUGUCUUUUCUAAGAUGCCAUAUAUUCAGCCUGUCCCCAGAAGAAAAACAAAAAGAUACGGUGUAUUCUGCAAAAUUAUGGCAUGCUAAAAGCUUAUGAUCCCAUCAAGUCAAGAGGAUACUUCAUGAAUAAUACAUUUCAAUGCAAAUAAACAUAUGGUUUACUUCUACUA